AUGUUUUUAUUUUUAGAAACUUUUUUCUGUCAACAAAAUUUAUUACAAGACAAAAGAUUUCUAAUCAAAAGUGUUUAUCUUCGAAUGAAAAUUUCAAUCGAAUUUCGAAGUGCUAUAUUUUUGGGUCAAUUUGUAUGGCAGCUACCUGAAAUCUUAAAUCUUGAUAGGCCAUGUUUUCUCGACGUAAUAUCAAUAGGUCGUCGUAUUGAUAUUACUGAAAAAACAAUUUAA